UGGUAAUUCAAAAGUAGCAAAGGAAACCGCCAUAAUUUGCUUCGCUUACGGAUAACUGCUUCUGCAAUUCCCACCUCACUCUGACAUCAGAGCCGUAUGGUGUACUUAUUGAGCACCUCUCCUGCGCAAUUUGUCACUCCCAUAGCCUCGGAUUUUGAAUUGUGGCGAACUCACUUCAGUACCUUCGCAAUUCUCUGAAACAUUUGAGGGAGUUCAGAUAUGGUAGCCGAAGACGCAGUGAAGAUUUUUGCCUAUUACGUUACUGGCCAUGGCUUCGGGCACGCUACCCGAGUUGUUGAGGUUGCUCGACAUCUGAUUCUCGCCGGGCACCAGGUUCACGUGGUCACCGGUGCGCCGGAUUAUGUCUUCACCGGUGAAAUAAAAUCUCCUCGCCUUUUUCUUCGCAAGGUUCUCUUGGAUUGCGGAGCAGUUCAAGCGGACGCCUUGACGGUUGAUCGUCUUGCUUCUUUGGAAAAGUACUCUGAGACAGCUGUGGUGCCCCGAGCUGAAAUUCUGGCAACGGAAGUCGAGUGGCUGAAGUCAAUCAAGGCAGACUUUGUGGUGUCAGAUGUUGUGCCAGUAGCUUGUCGAGCAGCCGCUGAAGCUGGUAUUCCUUCAGUUUGUGUCACCAAUUUCAGCUGGGAUUUCAUUUAUGCUGAAUAUGUCAUGGCUGCUGGUCAUCAUCACCGGUCCAUUGUUUGGCAGAUUGCUGAAGAUUAUUCACACUGUGAAUUCCUUAUCCGCCUCCCAGGAUACUGUCCAAUGCCUGCAUUUCGUGAUGCAAUUGAUGUGCCUUUAGUGGUAAGGAGAUUGCACAAGUCUCGUGAAGAGGUUAGGAGAGAGCUUGGAUUUGGAGAGGAUGUGAAGCUGGUAAUACUCAAUUUCGGUGGACAGCCUGCAGGUUGGACUUUGAAGGAAGAAUACCUGCCUGAUGGCUGGAUUUGCUUGGUUUGUGGUGCUUCUGAAAGUGCCACACUGCCUCCAAAUUUCAUAAAGCUUCCGAAAGAUGCAUACACUCCGGAUGCCAUUGCUGCAUCUGACUGUAUGCUUGGAAAAAUUGGAUAUGGGACUGUCAGUGAAGCUCUGGCAUACAAGAUACCCUUUGUGUUUGUUCGUAGGGACUUCUUCAAUGAAGAACCUUUCUUAAGAAAUAUGCUUGAGUUUUAUCAAUGUGGUGUUGAGAUGAUAAGAAGGGAUUUACUUACUGGACACUGGAAACUGUACCUGGAACAUGCAGUCAGUUUAAAACCGUGCUACAAAGGGGGUAUAAAUGGCGGUGAGGUAGCAGCUCAAAUUUUGCAGGAUACAGCCAGAGGGAAACGCCAUGCAUCUCAUAAGCUUAGCGGGUCUAGGAGAUUGCGCGAUGCUAUUGUUCUUGGCUAUGAGUUGCAAAGGUCUCCAGGAAGGGAUCUUAGCAUCCCAGAGUGGUAUGCAAAUGCUGAGAAUGAACUAGGGCUCCGCCCACGAUCUCAUGCUGCUGAAAUCAAGGAAGAUAGUCUACGUAAAACUUUUGGUUUUGAGGAAUUUAAGAUUCUUGAGGGAGAUGUUUCGGGCCUUUCUGAUACCUUGAAUUUCUUAAAGAGCCUAUCAAAGCUUGAUGCUGUUUCUGAAUCUGAAAAGAAUGCUGAAAAACCCCAGAUGAGGGAGCAAAAAGCUGCUGCUGCUCUAUUCAAUUGGGAGGAAGACAUUUUUGUGGCUAGAGCACCUGGAAGGUUAGAUGUCAUGGGUGGAAUUGCUGACUACUCUGGCAGCCUUGUGUUGCAGAUGCCAACAAGAGAAGCUUGUCAUGUUGCUGUACAAAAGAUAAAGCCAAGUAAACAGAGACUAUGGAAGCAUGCCCAGGCUCGACAGAUUGCUAAAGGACAAGGACCGAUUCCUGUUCUGCAAAUUGUGUCAUAUGGUUCUGAAUUAAGCAAUCGUGGACCAACUUUUGACAUGGAUUUGCUAGAUUUCAUGGAUGGAGAUCAACCAAUAUCAUAUGAAACUGCGAGAAAUUACUUUGACAGGGAUCCAUCCCAAAGGUGGGCUGCAUACAUUGCAGGAACCAUUCUUGUACUGAUGAAAGAGCUUGGCGUACGCUUUGAGAAUAGUAUCAGUAUCCUUGUUUCCUCUGCUGUGCCAGAAGGCAAAGGGGUUUCUUCUUCAGCAUCUGUGGAGGUUGCUACUAUGUCCGCUAUUGCUGCUACACACGGAUUAAACAUAGACCCCAGAAACCUUGCCUUACUCUGUCAAAAGGUGGAGAAUCAUGUAGUAGGAGCUCCAUGUGGUGUGAUGGAUCAGAUGACUUCAGCUUGUGGUGAAGCCAACAAGCUUCUUGCCAUGGUUUGCCAGCCUGCUGAGGUAUUGGGUCUGGUGGACAUUCCAAAUCACAUAAGAUUUUGGGGAAUUGAUUCUGGAAUUCGGCACAGUGUGGGUGGAGCUGAUUAUGGAUCUGUGAGGAUCGGAGCUUUCAUGGGUCAAAAAAUCAUAAAGUCCUUUGCAUCAGAAUCGAUAUCUAUCUCUCCUGCCAAUGGGGCAACACCUGAUGACGGAGAAGAGGAUGGAAUGCAACUGCUUGAAACUGAGGCUUCCUUGGACUACUUGUGCAACUUGUCACCACACAGAUAUGAAGCUCUUUAUGUCAAGCAGCUUCCUGAAACUAUGCUUGGUGAGACGUUCUUGGAGAAAUAUGAAGAUCAUAAUGACCCAUUCACUAUAAUAGAUAAGAAGAGAAGUUACGGUGUCAGACCUGCAACCCGACAUCCUGUUUAUGAAAAUUUCCGGGUGAAGGCCUUCAAAGCGCUUCUGUCAUCUGUAACUUCAGAUGACCAAUUAACUGCUCUCGGAGAGCUAAUGUAUCAGUGCCAUUAUAGUUACAGCGCUUGUGGACUUGGCUCGGACGGGACAGACAGGCUUGUUCAGCUAGUGCAAGAAAUGCAGCACGGAAAAGUUUCUAAGUGCGCUGAAGGAAGUUUGUAUGGAGCAAAGAUAACCGGUGGAGGGUCUGGCGGAACAGUUUGUGUUGUUGGCAGGAAUUGUCUGCGAAGCAGCGAGCAAAUUCUCCAGAUUCAGCAGAAAUACAUGAAUGCUACAGGCUAUCUACCUGUUGUUUUCGAGGGAUCAUCCCCAGGUUCCGGAAAGUUUGGCUAUCUCAGAAUCCGGCGCAUCCGAAAUUGAACCGAAAAUGGUAUUUGCGUUACAAUGCUUUGAUUAUUUAAAGUUGAUUGGAAACUAAAGUCUUGGAAUAACUUCCCAAAUUGUGUUGGGAACAUAUGUAGAAGUUAAAUCUUCAUAUAUAUACAUAUACAAGCAUGAUUGAUCAUUCAUGAUUUAGCCAUGUAUGGAAUUUGGUUAUAUAAUACAUUUGGAUCUGUUUUGAUUUU